GCGCGUCGGGGCUGCAGCCGGAGCGCGCCGGGCGCGGGUCGCAUUAAGCGGGAGCGCGGCGGCCGCGGGCUCUGGGGACGGACACACACGGAUCGCCCAAGGGACUGACACACGAGCACGCAACGCCAGCGUAGCUUGCUCCCACCCACUGGCGCCCACGUUCUUCUCGUGCCGCCGCCCCUGUGUAGCAAACUUUCCUCCCGGGACGCAACACGCUGUCUCAGGGAGCCCGCGUCCGCGCCGUCUGCUCCACCGGUCCCGGAAGCUGCUGAAAUGGGUUGUGGAUUGAACAAGUUGGAGAGACGUGAAGAGAAACGACCUGGGAAUAUUUACUCAACUUUGAAGAGGCCUCAGGUAGAAACUAAGGUAGAUGUGGCCUACGAGUACCGCUUUCUGGAGUUCACGACGCUGAGUGCCGCGGAGCUCCCGAGGUCCUCAGCAGUGAGGCUGGCAUCCCUGCGGGACUUGCCUGCUCAGCUGCAGGAGCUAUACCAGCAGGGCUUCUCCCUGGCUACCUUACAUCCCUUUGUGCAGCCUACUCACAAGCUGGAGAAAAUGCCUCUUGAGCACAUCUUCAGGGCCAUCCUGGUGAAGAAGACUGACAGAUCUCAGAAAACUGAUUCUUACAAUGAAGGCUAUGUCUUGGAAUUAGAUUGCUCCUCUUCCUUAGAACAACUGACAGACCAAAAAACCAUCCCAGAGUUCAUUAAGAAGGUCCAGGAGGCCGCUAGUCGGGGCCUGAAGUUCGUCAGCGUCAUACCUCAGUACCAUUACCCUACAACCUUGGUGGGCAGCAGCUCCCUGGCAUCCCCUGCCAACAGUGCUACCAAAAAUGCACAUGGAGAUCACACACCGUUAGAGAAUGAGGACCCAGGGGCUGUGGAUGUGAGCCUUGUUCCUGCCAGGGUGGACCAAUGCCUGGAGCCCAGUCCCAGCCCCACUGGGGAAGUUCCUCUCACUGAACAACCCAGCUCACCCUUGGGAGAAGGUGAGGAUAGAGAAGCCUCCUUGAGGAAGUUGAGCCCAACUCUGGAUGGACCGGAUGUUGACCUGUUGGAUGUGCAUGAAGAACAGUGCUCGGGAAAAAUGGAGAUCUUCACGCUUUUCAACAAGCCGAAGAACCAUCAGAAGGGCCGGCAAUACUACCCUGUCACCAUUCCUCUCCGCAUCUCCAGAAAUGGGCAGACAGUGAGCAGUCUGGAUGCCAACUGGUUGGAGCACAUGAGUGACCACUUCCGGAAAGGGGGGAUGCUGGUGAAUGCAGUCUUCCACCUGGGAAUGGUGCAUGACCCCUUACAUGGCUUGACAGAUGGUGUAUUCAUCUUUGAAGCUGUUUCCACAGAAGAUAGCAAAACCAUACAGGGCUAUGAUGCUAUUGUUGUCGAACAAUGGACAGUCCUGGAAGGUGUUGAAGUGCAGACAGACUAUGUGCCUCUGCUGAACUCUCUAGCAGCCUAUGGCUGGCAACUUACCUGUGUGCUGCCAACUCCUGUCGUCAAAACAACCAGAGAAGGGAGUAUAUCCACCAAGCAGAUUGUCUUUCUUCAGAGACCAUGUCUACCUCAGAAAAUCAAGAAGAAGGAGUCAAAGUUCCACUGGCGAUUCUCCCGAGAAGAGAUGCACAGCAGGCAGAUGAGAAAAUCCAAAGGUAAACUCAGAGACAAACGACAAGUAGAAGAAAAUGAGAAGAAUUUAGAAGACCAGUUUUCCAAAGAGGGAGAUGUGGAAAACUGUGUGCUGGGCAGGCAGCAGGAGGGCAGAGCCCCUGAGAUGAGAUUCCCUAUGGAAGAGGUCAAGGAAGAAAACCGUUCCUUUCCCAGCCAGCCAGGUGGCAAGGCCCUGGAGGGCAGGGCUGUGCAGAAUGGACCUGCUGUUUACAGCAGGACCUCAUCAGCCCUUAGGCACUCCAACCCUGGAGAGGAUGCCAGCAAUGGGGAUGCUGAGGAAGUUGACGGAGAGCCUGCUCCAACUACUCCAGAAAACUGAGUUUGUGCUACUAGACGAGUGGGCAAACCCAAGGCAUCCUGCCAGUAGCUGGUUUGCCCUGGUGUUGUAUUACCCUUUGGCUUGGCUUGACUACUAUUUUUGACAGUGUUGGUUUCUGCACAUCCAUUUGAAAGGUGUGUUAAUAACCCAGUGUUAGAAUUCGAGGUGAGGGUGCUUGUUUUAGACCGUGGGGUCAAAGGCUCAGUCCUGGCUCCACCAUUCCUCUCAAAGGAGGAGCCGGACCAUUCAGUGCCUGCUGAUGCCCCACGAGUCAUCCAUGAUGCAUCUAGGUCAAAUCCACGGACACCUUGGUUACCGACAAAGCUGUGGUUAACUCAUGUACCCUGCUGGGGCAGUGUCCACCUUUGCUGCUCUGUGUAGCAUUUGGUGACUUCAGACAGCCCCUGGGGCCCUGUCAGCUGCCCUUUUCCACCUACAUCCUGCUGCUUUGGCAAAGAAAUGACAUUUGGGAGGGGAGUUGCCCAGCCUCCUGGCUUUUAGAUAAGCAGUUCUAUAGAUACUGGUAAUCUAGAAAUAAAGAGGUUACUUUUGUGUGUACCAACUCUUUCUGAAUGUUCAGGAAGAUAUUCUGUGUUAGAAUUAAUGCCAAAAAUUUUUUUAAAAAAAGGUUUUGUAUCCAGCACAUCCUAUGAAUACAUAUUGUUACUGUCAUUCCAGGGCUGUGGGCAGGUUGGAUGCCUGUGUUAUGUACUAUUUUAAAUAGUGUAUCAUUGGCCAAGUUGUUACCCAUGUAUGCUGUCUGUCACGUGUUUAUAUUGUCCAGAAAGUAUUGUUAAAGCUUUAAGUAGACACAGCUGGCAAACCUCAGAGAGAGAAUGCCAUUUGUCCCGAUUGAAACAACAGCUUGCCUCUUCUCUGUUCAGUUACUUAAAGCAAUAAAUAUUCUGAAUUUA